AUGGCUACAGAAGCGGAGGAAUACGUGGGAGGUGUACCAAUUAUCGUGUCGCUAAGUAAGACGGACUGCACCAUUAUGGAGGAACCACCUUCACUUUCAUAUUUGCUGCCGCGCACAACGGCGUUAAUGGCAAUACGCGAUGAUGUACAAAAGUUCUUUUCACCCUUCAUAGCUGCGCAAGUGGACACUCCACUACUGGUUUGGUUCACAUACAAUAAUGAACCUGUUCCGUGGCAAUACCCUGUUGGUGCUAUAAAGGACAGUAUCAUAGCUCUAAAGUUGUGUGAGGGAAGUGGAGCGGAUGUGCCUUUCCUUCCAGAUACGGUGGCAGCGCUGCCCUCCCCCGCAGAAUUGAACCCACACUCAUUUACUGUGCCAUUAUUGCUGGAGGCGCGUGUUACUUGUGUUUCGUCUGACAAACCUUUAGGAGUUCCAUGUCCUGGGCAGGAGGACAAUACGGCGUGUCGAAACUCUGAACAAACCGUACGAGACUACUUAAAGCAAAUAAUGAAAGGAACAUUUUCUGCCAUGUAUGGAAGCAUAAAAGGGAUAAUGGACGCUCGCAACGAGGUCAUCAACGAUAUGUUGAACUUCGCUUUGUGUACGCAUAUGGGGGAACCGUUGGUGCAGGCGUUAAGAGCGCACAACGAGCGUAUGACAGUGCUGCGGCGUACAGUGCGCAACUUCUCAAAUGUUGCUGUUAUGAUCAACAUGCCUUUGGCGAAUAAAUUCAUGCAUUUUGCUCUUUUUCGUGUUCCUGCAUCUACAUGCAUGGCGUCUCAGGGUGGUGGUUCUACUUUGAAGGGUGGAGAUUUCAGGUCGAGUAUAUCGAGUGUGGAACAAUCAAGUGGAAUAGUGGAAAGUGUACAAAUUGGACAAAGCGUUGAUGGUAAUGACGGUGGAAUGGGGGCGAGCAACGCGACAGUUGUAGCCGAUGACUGUAAUGUAACAUUUGGAGAAAUUAUUUGGCGCGCUUUGCUAGUGCCGUGGUGUAGAAGAAGCAAACAAGCCGUUCCCGACGGUGCGCCUGCAGAUCCUGCAGCGCCGUUCUUUCAAGCCUUAUCACGCUUUUAUGAAGGUAUGAAUGAUUAUGUAGCGUUAGGUGGUGUCGUUUCCUCUUCACAAGCGGGAGUACUGAUCGACAAAUUUAUUUCGUGCAGUAAUGCAGAAAAUGAUGCGGAUGGAAUAUAUGUUACGUCUUCCACCGCACCAACUCGGCGUCAACGCCUUGGUUUCGUUGUUCAAGGAACAUGCCCUCCUCUUCAAACUCCAGUGAAGUAUUUGCUGGAACGGUUUACAUCCGCCGAUGGGAGGUUGUACGUCACAUUUACAGUGUUUUGA